GACUAGGGUUAGGGUUUAUGCUGGGUCAACAAGGCGAGCGAGGGAAUGUCGUGGCUUAGAUCUGCGCUAAGCAAGGCCGCGGACAAGGCCGCGGAGGUAGGGAGCAAGAACAAUCUCAGUCGCACCGUGAAGAGCUAUGCUGGCGCUGUCUAUCAUCAAGCAGCUGGGAGCGCAAAGAUCGUCCAGGAUAAAUUGUCUGGGAGAAAUCUAAACAGCUUCAAGGAUGCUGUCAAGCGCCUCAACGAAGUCUCUCUCCAUGCAAGAGGUGCCGAGAGGCUUCAGGCACUUGGGAGAUGGCUUGCUGCACUCAAAGAAAUCGACAGAGAGACUAAAAGGACGGGAAACUCGAAUCCAGCGUCUCCGAGAAAUUCAGAGAGCGAAGAAAUGGCAACGUCGCCAAGGAAGCCUUACAUGGCACUGUUUUACGACAUGGAGAGUGGAGGCGAGCCAAUGAAUUUUCGCGACGUCUUUUUGCAAAGUCGUGCUCUUGAGCACAUUAUUACUUCGCUGAUUCUUGAAGCUCCCCUGGACGAAGAAAUUGGAGUUUUAGUCGAGAUUUUCGGCCUGUGUCUAGCGGGAGGACAGGAGUUGCACAACGCGUUCAUAAGCAGCAUUCAAGAUUUGGCGAAAGCGUUCUCAACACUUUCAGAAGAAGUUGAAAUAAGGAGAUCAGAUUUGCUCGAACUCGCACAAACAGCUGUCACUGGUUUGAAACUGAGCACGGAGGCAGAAAAGCUGGACGUGGAAAUGUUCUUUUUAGAGCAGAAGAUGUCCGACAAACAAGGUGUGCCUUUGUCCAAAGACAGUAACGAGGAUGCCAACAUAACCGAAGAAGUACUUGAAUAUGGAGCUCGUGUGAGACACUACUUACGGAGGAAAGAAGAACUCUUGCGAGCAGGAGAUACUGCAAAAAGCAGAACAGAGAAAGUUCAGAAGCUUAAGGAAGUUACGGAGGGUCUGACGAGCUCAAUAAGUGGAAUAGAGCAAAAAAUUUCGGAGAACAGGCAACAAAAGGAGAAGGCUAUCAAAUACAGAGACUCUAAAGCUUCUGAAGUUGUAGAAACUGAAAAGGCACUGUCUUCAGAAAUUCAAGCCCUCCAUAAGAGAAAAGAGCAAUUGGAGGCUGAGUUGAAGGAGGUGAAUAGCGCUUUGUCUUCUGCAACCGCCCGACAUAUCAACACGCAGGAAGAAAAAGCUCAGUUUGACGAAGCAAGCAGUAAUAUUGUGGCGCAUCUGUCCAUACAGGAAGAAGAGUUAACGAAGUCUAUAGCUGCGCGGAGGGCUGAAGCAGGUGUAGCCAGCACUUGGCUAGGAUUUUUGGAAGACACCUGGCUUCUCCAGUCAGCUUGUCUUGAAGAAAAGACCAAAGCUAUCCAGCACGAUUCGCAAGAAGCAAAGCUACAGUUUCUAUCGAUUGCGUCAAUGAAUCUUUCUUACCAUCAGGAGGAGAUAAAGCUUUUGCUAAAGAGUCUAAAACUUAUCAGCAGUGAAGACAACGAGACAGACUCUACCAUCAGGCAGAGAUUCUUGGAAACUGAAAAUCAGGUGAUUCGUGUUCUGAAACUCAUGGAGAGUUUGUCGGACGAAGUCAAAACUUUUGAAAUAAAAGAAGACGGGGACGAAGUAGAGAAAAAACUCCUGAAGUGUAUCGGAGCCAUCGAUUCCUUCAAGACAGAACUCAGAGGACUGAAGCGACCAGAGCUAGAAACCGGAAAAGUUAAUAGUCCAGUUUCUACAAGCCCAGAGGUGCGUGACGAAGAAUCGAAAGCCGAGCCGGACGGUCAAGAGGCCGAGGCAACAGACGGCUGGGAGCUGGACACUCUAGAAGAAGCGUCCACCUGAGAGUACGUCCUUGUAAAUAAUUGUUCUUCACGAUUCACGCGUGUAAAUAGCUUCACAGUUUCCCGAGCACGGGAGAA